AGGCGGGGCGGGCUCGGCUCCCCCCGGCCCCGCGCAUGGAGCACAGCGACGGCGAGCCGGCCGCCAGACAGCUCGACUUGCCCACGGGACCGGGGCAGCAGCGGGAGCCGCCGCAGGCAGCGGAGGGGGAGGCGGUAACGGUGAUGGCGGCAGACGCCCAGCACAUCGAGAUGGGAGCACCGCCAAUGCCAAGCGCCGACGAGGCCGCCGCCGCCGCUGCCUUCGCAGAAGUCACCACAGUGACAGUGGCCAACGUGGGGGCCUCUGCAGACAAUGUUUUCACCACAUCUGUGGCCAAUGCAGCCUCAAUUUCAGGACAUGUGUUGUCUGGGAGAACAGCCCUCCAAAUUGGGGACAGCUUGAACCCUGAGAAAGCCACUCUGAUAGUGGUGCACACGGAUGGCAGCAUCGUCGAAACCACCGGGAUCAAGGGGCCUUCGGCGCCUCUCACACCAGGACCACAGUCUCCUCCUACCCCUUUGGCAGCCGUCCAGGGGAAAAGUGGAACCAAGUACAACUGGGACCCGUCUGUGUACGAGAACGAGCUGCCGGUGCGGUGCCGCAAUAUCAGUGGCAUUCUGUACAAGAACAGGCUGGGCUCAGGAGGCCGUGGCAGGUGCAUUAAGCAAGGGGACAAUUGGUACAGCCCCACGGAGUUCGAGGCCAUGGCGGGGCGAGCCAGCAGCAAGGACUGGAAGAGGAGCAUCCGCUACGCCGGGCGGCCCCUGCAGUGCCUUAUCCACGAUGGGAUCUUAAAUCCCCAUGCUGCCUCGUGUACUUGUGCUGCUUGCUGUGACGACAUGACACUGAGUGGCCCUAUACGACUCUUUGUGCCAUAUAAAAGGCGAAAAAAAGAAAAUGAAAUACCAGCAACUCCAGUGAAGAAGAAUUGUUCCAAAAACAUCACACUGCUUCCAGCCACUGCUGCAACUACGUUCACCGUGACUCCCUCUGGACAGAUCACAACCUCCGGGGCGCUGACCUUCGACCGCGCGUCCACCGUGGAGGCCACGGCCAUCAUCUCAGAGAGCCCAGCACAGGGGGAUGUUUUCACUGGAGCCACUGUUCAGGACACCAAUGUUCAGCAGCCUUGCCGGGUGUCUCAUCCAGAGCCUCACUAUCCCAGUUACCAGGACAACUGCCAGAUCUCACCUUUCCCUGAGGCUGCACUGCCAACGUCGCAUCCCAAAAUCGUGUUGACCUCUCUGCCUGCCCUGGCAGUGCCCCCCACGACGCCCACCAAAGCCAUGUCGCCGUCGGUGGUGAACGGGCUGGAGGUGACGGAGCAGCGGAGCUGGCUCUACCUGGAGGAGAUGGUCAAUUCCCUGCUCAGCACGGCACAGCAGCUGAAGACUCUGAUUGAGCAGGCCAAGCAGGCCAGCUCCUCCUUCCGCGAGGCUGCUGUCACACAGGCCAAGAUCCAGGCUGAUGUGGAGAGGAAAGAGGCAUGUGUGCAGCGACAGGCCUGGAAGAGAGGUGUGGGAAGACUUUGCUGGAAGCUGAGGACCCCUAGGACAGUCCUUGCAGCCUCUUUGAUAUUCUUUGCCGUGUUGGCUCUGCUAAACUCUCCCGUACGAUGCAUCUUUGAUGUGCAGCAAUACCAGAGCCAGUUAUUCCAACAAACAGAGGAUGUGGAUGGGAAGACAGAAAUCAUCAUUAAGCAAUCCUGUGUCAACUGCGGACGGGAGGCCACCAACGAGUGCACAGGAUGCCACAAAGUCAACUACUGCUCCACAUUCUGCCAGCGAAAGGACUGGAAGGACCACCAGCACAUCUGUGGCCAGUCAGCCACGGUGACGGUGCGAGGGGAUGAGGUGCACGUCCCAGACAAUGUCAUGGAGAAGGUCACCGUGUGAGUGCUCCACCUCCGCAGCCGCUCAUGGACACGCGGGGCCGGCUGGAUCGGCGACCGGCGGGAACGGUCUGUCCUGUGCCAACAGCACUCUUCUCACUAGCAGACUCAUUUUUCAUAGAUUUUUUGAUACUGUGACAGCACUUGUCUAUUCCCAAUUCCCUUCCAAAGCUUUGGAUAAUACAGAGACUGUGAAAACCUCACCUGGAACCCUCUCCCUUCCGUCCCAGCCCCAACUGGCUUUGGGAGGCUUUGCCUUUGCCUGACUGGAUCUUCCACCAUGUGGAUUAUAGCAGUCUCCUCAUCUCUCUUGAGAUGGAUCUGAAGCAGAUGCUGCGAGGAGAUCUGCCAGUGCUUCCUCCUACUGGGACCUCCCUACCUCUCCUUACGGAAGAGAAACAAGUUUUUGGUUGGUUUAUUUAAUUCCCUUGACAAAGUUGGUACAAGUUCUUAGUUUGGCAUUGAAAGGAUUUUUGGGUUUCCUGUGUUCCCUCUGUGCUGGGCAAAUCUGGAACUCAUUGGACUUCUCCACUUAAACAUAGUUGAAAAAUAACAUGUUGCUAAAUAAAAUGCGAUGAAAGCACCAGUGUGCCCAGUGGUUCCCCUUCAUUCCCUGGGCAGCACUUUGCAGUACAGGUAACUGCUCAGGUGAGUGCACCAACAGCUGCAUGUGUGUCUGUACUCCCUGUCUACCUGGGAGGUGUUUUCUCCACAGGGAAGCUUCAUUCCACAGCGUGCCUGGAAUGUCACUCAUAGCACCCAGCUGGCCAGAAUCAGAUGGGAUCAAGCCCAAGGUGAGCACAGGUGGAUAUAGGGCUGUCCUGUCUUCCUCUCUCUGCCCUGUAGGAGCUGCUAAUUAGAGAUGUGCUGACCAUUAGGGAGUUACUUGCUUUGUUCACUGCAA